CGGCUAGCAAGUGAACGGAGGGUGCGCUCGGCGGAAGGGUUGCGCCUUCGAUUGAAUGGUCUGAAGCGCGCGAGGAGGGGGAGAGAGGUGCACAGUGGCGGGAGGCGGGAGGUUGACGAAAGCGGUGAGCUCGGUGACCAACCCGGUUUCACGGCUACCGAUAGCGACGAGGAGAAGUGUGGCUUACCCGCCAAAGGACACAUUUUCGCAGUUCUUGGCGCUGACUCUCUCGUCCGUGACAAGGAUACACUGUUGAAUAAGAAGACCUGUGCCCAUCUUCCCUGUCUCUCUUGUUCCUCUUCGUGCCCGACGACCUUGUUGGUUCCUAUUGCCGCUUCCUGGAGCUUCCCUGUUGGCGCCUCUUUCUGGUUGUUUGUCGGGCCACAGGUGGACGUGGAGAUGGAACUCCGCUGUUGGCGUCGUGUGCUGCUCCUGUUGCUUGUUCUGAGUGCCGGCAGCUUUGCUUGGGCGACGCGCACUUGGGUGAGAGAGACAGGCAACGAGGGAAGGUCCGAGUCCGUGGCUCGGGAAUGCGCUGACAAGAUCGCAUCGAUCGAUUACUCUACCCUCGCACGUGCUUGCCGAGGGGCGUUCAACGAGCUUUGCUGCAAGACGUUUGAGAGCGUCGUUGAGCCUUUCAUCGAUGACGUCAACCUGAGCGUCAUGUGUGUCGACGUCCUGCUGGCGGAGCUAGAGCGACGCAGCUACAGCGUGGCUCUGAUCGAUGCCAUCUGUCAGGAGGAGAGGAGGGGGCUCCUCGCUACGGACACGUCGAACGCCCCCAGCUCUGAGACUCUGCCGGCGGAGACCAAGACCCCUCAGAUGACGACCGCAGAACCGGACUUCGCGCUCGUCAACGCGGGAGAGUCUGAAACAAGCGUAUCGGAGGAAACGCAGCCAGCUGAAGAAUUGCCCUCGGCGUCUGCGCCCGCCGCACCUUCCUCCAUGGCAUGUUCUCUAUAUCACUUUCGGCUGUCGUCUUUCCUGCUUGUCAUCCUUCAUCUUGCAGUCGGUCUUCUUCUUGUUUCCCUCACGGGUUAGCGCCUCAGAGUAGUAGUCAGACCAACAUGUUGUAAUCCAAGCUCCGCCGUGUGCACUUGUGCUAGUCGUCGUAGCAUGCGCUCCCGUGCCUUCUUCCCUCCCUGCAGUCUGUCUUCUUUCGAUAUGAUGCUAAUAAACUUUUGUCUCCCUCUGGAUUACCUACCGGUAGUAGGGUAAGUGAAGUAUCGGUUUCACAGCUGCUCUGCUGCUGUCGCAGCUGCAGCCUGCUCCUUUCUGGCUUCAGUCAAUUUUUGUUCUGCCCGUUGGGCAUUCGUGAUAAUUGCGCCUCCGCCUCCAAGCGCGCCGAGCUUUAACGUGCUAAUUUUAAAAGAAUGCUAGCCUUUUAUAUGCAGCAGACUGUACCCCUCUCUUCUUGCCUUCUCGCACAAUGUUCUCGUUCUUUCCGUGCCCAUUUUGACUCUUCUUGCGCCUGUCUGCUUGUUGCUCAGUCGUUCUUUCUGCUUGUCUAUUCGGCCUUGGCGUUGGGUCGGUGUGAUCGCAUGUUUGCCUCCGUGUGUUUUUAGCUCGGACUGGCGAGCAGUCGAUGAAGCCAUCGGCUGUCGUUUCUGGCUUGCGCGGCAAGGCGGCACUCAUCACUAUCCCUCCGCACGUCCGACCUGUCACCCUCACACGAAGUCUGCAGCAAUAUCACAGGUGGGGGACCUGCAUGAAUUCCCUUCUUGCCAUUCACGAUCAUUCAUCUUGCCCUGUUUUUCUGUGACCCUUAACUUAUGGGAGCAGUUGGGAUCCCUUUUGGCAGGCCUGAAACUGUCCUUCUUGCUUCCCACUUUGUCGCCCUCUUUUUCUUGUUCGUUGACCCUUCUUGCUGUGUCAUUUUCACAAGUCUUCACUCACGACCGUACGCUUCGCGCCUGCGCGGUCCUUUUUGCUUCGACAUUGUCGCCCUCUUCUUCUUGUUCUCUCCGCUCGAUGUUGCAAUCGCUCAGCCUUCAGUGCUUCCCCGUGAAAUUGGCACUGUCGUCAUUUUCCUGUAUCGCUGUUUUCCGGUCUGCUACGGUUGUGGGGGUUUUUUCUGUCAUGGAGGUGUAGGUUUAGUAGAAGUUGUGGAUUUCUUGAGAUGCUGUUCUGCGGGAGCAGCGAGGCUCAGGAGCUGUGAGCGAUCUGCGUUCGUUAUAAGGCCUGAUGCCCUCUCGCUAGUUUGAUGCUGGCAAUUCAUGCUAUGCCUUCUCCUCAAGGUUGAGACGACGUCGUUCGUCUGGGGCGCUGACCUCUCGGAAUCCUCUCUCCUCCCUCCUCCCUCCUCCCUCCUCCCUCCUCCCUCCUCCCUCGGCGCGAGUGCUUGACCAGUAACUGUUUGAGAUGGUAAUUACGAUAUUGAUCUGCUAUUUGCUGUGCUGUUGGGGUAAGUAACGGUAUCAUCAUCUGUUGUCGGCACCGGACUUGGUAUCUGUCGGAUUGCACUUGGUCUACGGAGCGAAGGUGUGCCAAGUCGAGAUGGUAAGGGUGGGAGAGGUGUGGGUAAUGGCGAAAGGCUGAAGGAUAUGCUUCGCUUUCUUGGUGAUAGGAAAUUCGUCAGUUUUCAUGGAGGUGUAUUUACCCUCACUGGAGUUUAAGCACUGUGGUUGUUCAUUUUAGCACUCUUAGUUGUUCGCUAACACUUCUUCUGAAAUAGAUGAUGACUUACCUGAGUCCGAUUGCGUGACGUGA